AUGUAAGCACGUAUGACAAAAAGAUUAUAAAAAGAUUUAGAAGCAAUAUAAAAAAAUUAUAAAGAUUAAUUUUAAGUUACAUUACCCAAAAAUGAUCUUCAAAUUUGGCAUAUUGAAUUUACAGCCUCCAAAGAAACAGUAUUUGCAGAUGAAAAAUUUAAAUUAUAAUUUAAAUUUUCACCAGAAUAUCCUAUUGAAUCUCCUGAAGUAAUUUUUAUUGGAAAAGUACCAGAUCAUGAACAUAUAUAUUCAAAUGGAUUUAUUUGCUUAUCAAUAUUAUAUGAUGAAUGGAGUCCUGCAUUAACUGUAGCAUCAGUUUGUCUUUCAAUUAUUUCAAUGCUUUCAUCAGCAUAAAAAAAAGCUAGACCAUUUAACGAUGCAGAGUUUUGUAAAAGAUCUUAAGGGAGAGGUCCAAAAGCCUUUUUAUGGAGUUAUGAUGAUACUAAAUGUUGA